AUGAGCGCCGAGCCUGUAGUUAUCGUUUCUGCUGCUCGUACUCCGAUAGGAUGCCUGAGCGGAGCUCUGUCCACACUCUCUGCGAGUGACCUGUGUUCAGAGGUCAUAAAGGAUGUUCUCAAGCGAGCUGGAGUGAAACCAGAAGACGUGUCUGAGGUUGUUUUGGGUCAAGUCCUAACUGCAGGACAAGGGCAGAACCCGGCACGCCAAGCCAGCGUCAAGGCCGGCAUCCCAUACGUUGUCCCAGCGUGGAGCUGCCAGAUGGUGUGUGGAUCUGGGCUGAAAGCUGUGUGUCUGGGAGCUCAAUCGAUCCAAGCGGGAGAGUCCACGAUAGUCAUUGCAGGGGGCAUGGAGAGCAUGAGCAGGGUUCCUCAUACAGUCCAAAUGAGAGCGGGGGUGAAGAUGGGGGACGUUUCUCUUCAGGACUCCAUGGUGGCUGACGGGCUAACCGACGCCUUCCAGGGGUACCACAUGGGCAUUACAGCUGAGAAUGUGGCGAAGCAGUGGAGCGUCAGUCGAGAGGAGCAGGACCGCUUCGCCGUUCAGUCUCAGAACAAAACAGAGGCAGCGCAGAAAGCGGGACAUUUUGAUCAGGAGAUCGUCCCCAUCAUGGUUCCGUCCAGAAAAGGUCCAGUGGAGGUGAAGGUGGACGAGUUUCCUCGACACGGCAGCAACAUGGAGAGCAUGUCCAAACUCAAACCGUGCUUCGUCAAGGACAGUGGGACCGUCACUGCUGGAAACGCUUCAGGAAUUAACGACGGAGCAGCAGCUACAGUCCUGAUGGGUCAGUCGGAGGCCGCGAGGAGGGGCAUAAAACCCAUGGCUAAAAUCGUAUCGUGGGCUCAAGCCGGCCUGGACCCUUCUAUAAUGGGAACUGGGCCGAUACCAGCUAUCAGGAAGGCGAUUGAGAAAGCCGCUUGGCAGCUGGAUCAGGUGGAUUUAUUUGAGAUCAAUGAAGCAUUUGCUGCUCAGUCAGUCACUGUCGUCAAAGAACUCUCUUUAAAUAAAGAUAAGGUCAAUGUGAGCGGUGGUGCCAUUUCUCUUGGCCAUCCCAUCGGUAUGUCGGGCUGCAGGGUUCUGGUGACCUUGCUGCACGGACUCCAGAGGACUGGAGGAAAGAGGGGAGUGGCGUCCCUUUGCAUCGGAGGGGGGAUGGGAAUCGCCAUGUGCGUGGAGAGGGUUUAACAUGAGGAUAUGUUGCGUUUAAUCCCCUUAAAAAUCAAUUCACAUUUUUUUUAAAUCUAUUGUUUACAUUGACUACCAUGUUAAAAAUUAGUUUAAGAUUCACGUCUGCUUAUAAUGAAGUAUUGUGCUGUCA